UGCGUAGCUUCUUGUUUGGGGACAAGGAGAUGACAAAAACGCAUACCCAUUCUUACUCUUGAAAUUUCGUUUUCUUUUUUUUUCCCCCCCCUUUUGGUUUCACUGGCAAUUUUAUUUACCCAGAUGUACUUGCUCUGGUUGUUUUAGUUUAGUGCGUGCGGAUGAUGAAAUGACGAAAAUGCCCUCUCCUGGGCUUCUCGGAUUAGUGGGAUUUUCUUUGCAAAGUUUAAUUUGGACGGGUGUUUGGUCAUAUUCUGGGACAAAGAGAGUGAAGCUUUUGAGGGGAUUAUGGGAGUGACCCUUUUUUUUGUGCUAUAAUAUAAUUAAGUAGUACUGCCCCCAUCUCGCCUUUACAUGUUGGUAAACAGCUGUUUUCUAUAUUGCAAAUGUAAUCCAAUCUUGGAACAAGGGGUAUUCUGGUCAAACGGUAAUUGUUUAGAUAAUUCAGACCCUUUUUUCCUCCCUGCCCUGGUAGGAGUGUGAAAGGAGAAGCUACCAAAUUGGCUUCUCUUCCAUGAUACACGGUUUGAGUUGUGGAAUUGUUGGUGAGACCGUUCAAAGUAGUAGUGGAGACGCUUUUUUUUUUUUUCUAAGCAAUUCAUGACAUUUUAAGAAGUGGGUUUUGCUUGAAUUUUGGGCGGAUUCACUAAUUAACAAAGAUAUAAAAUAGUAAUGUGACGAAGAUUGACAAUUGAAUUUGCUGACUUUUGGGUUUUUGUUCUUUUAUUUAAAGCGCAAAAAUUGAAGACGUUGAUGUGAGUAUGAACACAUUGAAAUCUUGGGGGGACACUGUUACCUAACUAUAAUAACUAUGGUAUUCAAUUCAGAUUAGCCAACUUUCAGGCUGGUCACGUGGUAGAGAAUUCUCUGGUUUGCAAUUAAUUUCAUGCCAAGUAAACUUGCAGUUUUGUGAUGACUGGAAAUUAAUGGUUGAUUUUAUUUUGCGUAGGUCGUUUUUCCGGUAACUGCAUGCAAAUUACUAUAACAAGACCAAAUAGAAACUUCUUUGCAGAAAAAGGAUGAUAAAAUGAAGUCAAGAAAAUACACCACUAUUUAUAUGGGGGAAAAAAAAAAAGACUACAGGUCAAGCAUUAAAUGAUGAAUUUUUGUAUUACUCUAUGCUGGGAGAAUAGUCAUGGUGGCACAUGUGGGAGGUCUAGAGCAAAUUUAUGGUCUUGUCUCCCUCAAUUUAAUGUAUUUAUAGAUACAUACAACGCUAUAGUGUGCACAUGACUAUUUAACACUAGCAUGGAUGGUUGGCCCUUUAUGACCUGCAAAAUGUAUUCAUUUGAAGUUUAUGAGAGUAUUCUUUUCCCCACGUAAUUUCUCGUGGCGGGAUACAUGUUCAAUAAUCAACAUAAAAGAAAUCGAUGUCUCAGUUACUGCUGAUUUUAAUUCCAGAUCUGUGACUCUGGCUUGAGCUUUUGAGGUCAUGGAAUUCUCAGUGUAUGCAGUGGAAAGGUUUAAUGGCUGGCAGGAUUAUAUGAUUCAGAACUAAUCGAGCACGUAGAACCUUCCAAGUUUCCCAUUCUUUCUUUCUGACUAAUCUAUAUGAGAGCUAGAGGAGGUUCUUUCCUCUUAAAUGGAUCAAAAAGAGCUGCUGAUGGAAGGAUCUAGUGUUUUUUUUUUUUUUUAAAGUGUAAAUGGAUGAGACGGGUGUCUACAAAAACCUCCUACAGGAGAUUUCACAAAGAGUUGGAUCGCCUUUACCCCAGUAUACAACUUUCAGGUCAGGUCUGGGGCACCUACCAGUCUUUACAGGAAUAGUGGAACUGGCUGGAAUAAUGUUUACGGGAGAACCUGCUAAGAACAAAAAACAAGCUGAGAAGAAUGCUGCCCUGGCAGCUUGGUCAUCACUGAAGCAACUGGCACAAGAAGAUUCUAGUUCAUCAUCAGAGCCAGAGAAUAAUGAUGAACAGGAGCAAAUCAGAAUAGCUAGAGCCCUACUUAACUACAGGUUGAAGGAGAAGAUUCAUAUGUCUAACAGUAGCAGAACCUCUGUUCCCUUUCAGAAGAAAUCUUUUAUUCCACCGCCUCGGCCAUCAAGUCCGCAGCGUCCUCCCACGGCCGCAUCUAAAAUCCUCCCCUUGUUUUGCCAAAAUAGUGUUUCUCAGAAUAAACAAGCAGUAGCAAAUGACAGCCCUGUUCCAUUAUCACAGUCUCUUUCAUCAGAGGCGCGUUCAGUUCACUGCCACAAGCUUCCUACCAUGGAGAGGGCAACUUAUGUUCCUAUUACACAGUACAGGACACCUUACAAAGGGAUUGCUCCUCCUGUUACAAUCAGAACAGCAGUACCAGUUUACUCUGCACCACCCCUUCCAGCACCAUCUGCAAGUCACACUCGAGCAAUGCAGCCUCGACCUGUGCGAAUGGCUCCCCCAGUUCGUAUCAGGCAAGCUAUUCCUGUAUUUGCUGCUCCAUCAGCAACCCCAAAGAGAGAAUUACCAAGUAGUAUAGCUUAUAGCUUGUUAGCAAAAUCACCACCUCAUGCUGAAGAAUCAGGAAGUGAGCCAAGCAUUGACAUAAAUGAAUCUACAGUUUUGAAGUGCUUCGAACAUCUGGAAAUUUGAUGGUAACUGGAGAGAUACGAAUGUACUACUUAUGUUUUGUGUAUGAGUUUACUCUGCAUUUCCGUCUCUUGCUGCUUUUUGAUACGAGUGCCUCGUGUUCUUCAUUUACCAUAGUUUACUUUCAGCUUCUGCCUGUCAAUUUAGUACCAAUGUUACCGAACGCUCCCAGUUGCGGGGAUGAUGCAAGAGGGUCACUGCUUCUAAGAUUAAAAAUAUCGUCUAUGAUGCUUCUAUCGGAU